AUGGGUGAGAGUAGCAAACGAGUCCGGCAGAGAAGCCGUGAGUCGGUCACACAUGGCAAGGCAAGCCAGGUGUUGGAAGUCAAGCGGCCGAAGCUUGCAACAAACGUGCCUGUCCAAGUCACUCAGCAACCUACGCCUCAGUCACCCACGGGGUGGUCCAGCAUGAAGGACUUCCUGAUGACUGAGCUCAGGAGGGAGAUGGGACUCCCCCUGCACCGCCCCCAGUGCCAGGACAACGUCGACGAGAAGAGCGUCAACCUGGCUUGUCCCCUAUUCAUCAGGGACCCGGCCUCUUUCACUCACGUCCGAAACUCUUGCACCGAUGGAAACAUCAAGGGCGGCAUCGGCAAGCUCAUCGAGCACAUCAAGAGAGUCCAUCUGAGAACCGACAAGCAGUGCCACAACUGCGGAGUGCGGUUCAGUUCGAAGCCGGCAGAGUCCAAGUCGUCCCACUCGCGCAAUUGUACCAAGAUCUGGUCGCCCCACGAGCCGCCGCUGCUGUCAGAAGCCCAGCAUCGGGUCCUGGACGCUCUCUCCGUGAGGGCCAGCGGGCAGUCGCUCGACUACAAAUACCGUCACAAGCUUCUGAUGAAGCUCUAUCCCGGCCAAGAGGAGUGGGCGAAGAAAGUGGAAAUCUACCACGACGCCUAUUCCCCCUGCCUUCUACCAGCACAACUCAUGUUUGACGCCAUGGAAAGGGCCGUCGACAGAUGGGAAAGGGGUUAUACUACCCACUACGACUCGGACGGAAGCGACGCCGACUCGGACAAGUCACGAGAGUACCGCCGGCUCUCGCGGUCGAGCCCCAGCGCGUCUUCAACGGACGCCUCGAGCGCCUAUCCUCCGGCCAGCUCCGGGGGAUACAGCCGGAAUCUCGGCGCCGGCAGCGGCUACACCUCGCAGCACACAUACCAGACAUCCGAAUACCAAGACCAGAGCUGGGGCAUGGACAACAUGUCCCUGACCACCGACUCGACGCAGCACGCAGGCACCGACCUGACGAUGCGCAAGGUCCGGGGGGCCAGCAGUCGACCGGUCGACGGCGACUACGCCGGCAUGCAGCUCCCGGCGGACUACCAGAGCUACGCCCACUCGGGCACGCUCGACGACUUUGACGACCUCGCCAGCUCGUCGUACAUCGACUCCUUCGAGCCCGUGUUCGACGUCGUCUCCACCGUGCCCUCCGACUACCACUCCUACACCCUGGACGCCGACCAGGCCUUCCCCAUGGACUACCCGGCGCAGGGCCACUACGCGAAGGACACGAUCAACCCGAAGGACAUCCACAACACGCUGAUCGGGAUGGGGCCGCCGGCGGCGAUGCCGCGGUACCUCGUCGAGAACGAGGAGGACUCGGGCAUCGUCCUGCACGACACGCAGGAGUACUUGGGCUUCGCAGGGCAGCAGACCAGGAGGACUCACAGAUGA